AUGAGGCUCUCCGUCUUAUUUGGGAUCGUUUUGUUGGUGACAGACGUCGGCUAUUGUCUGUUUCCACGACUUCCUGGAGCAAGAGGACCAGCAGGAGAACGAGGUCCAAUGGGACUACCAGGACCAAGAGGACCAGUUGGUUUAAUGGGCCCACGAGGACCAGCAGGAGAAACAGGACCACCUGGAGAAUCUCUCCCAGGACCAAUGGGAUUCCCCGGCCUACCGGGGCCACCUGGACUAACAGGUCCAAUGGGGCCACCAGGAUCAGCUGGACUGCCAGGACCGACAGGAAAGACAGGACAGGUCGGACCGCCUGGACCGUCUGAAAUAGGACCGCCGGGACCAGCUGGACCACGAGGAGCACCGGGGAAAACGGGCCCGGCUGGACCACGAGGACCACCUGGAGAGCCAGGGGUCAACUGCAGUUGUCCUGACAUCAAGGCCAUACAGCAGCAACUGACCAAGUUAGAGCUGGCUAUAACUUACAGCUUCGUCCGAAAGGUCGGCGAGAAAUACUUUGUGUCCAACAAGGUGAGAGACCCUUUUGAGAAGGCGGUGAAGUUCUGCUCCCAGCGAGGGCUGGAGUUGGCUCUACCUCAGAGCGACGAGGAAAACAACGCGCUGGCCGAAGUGUUCGACGCAUACAGGACCGUCUGGAUCAACGUCAACAGGAAAAAAGCACAGGGAAAUUUCACUCUUGACGCAAAUAAUCGACCUCUGACCUUCUCCAAAUGGGGAGCCGGGCAGCCAGACGCGUCCGUCCAGGAUGUGGGCUGCACCAUGGUGUCAGAGGACGGCUUCUGGGAAGUGACGAAGGAAUGCUUCCUGAACGCUUACAUCGUUUGUCAGUUCUGAUGGGCUCGAGUGUGUCAAAGUAGACUUCUCUCUGGGUUUUUGACAAUCAUGUC